AUCACCGUUCAAUAAUUUUAGUUAUUUGAUCGUCUUUAAAAUAGAACAAAAAUACAUAUAUUCAUUCCGGGUAUAUCAUCUGAUAACAGUGGAUACAUAAAAUGGUAAAAAAAAAAAACAGUGGAUAUAUAAAAAAAAUAGAUCAAGUAGUAAAUCUAUUAAAAAUAUUAUAAAAAUAGUGCUAUGUAUUAUUACUCCUUUUCUGAAUUUUUUCAAAGUGGAACUGAGUUUUAUUUACUAACUAUACCCUGAUUUGUAGGAAAAUAAAUAAAAUAAUAAGAACGAUUUUCCAGUUAAAAAUAAUAACAUGAGUUCAAAAUUUUCAGUUGGUAGUGGAUUGAAAGUAACAAUUUGGAUUUUUAGGUUUCUGUUACGUUUCUAAAGCAACACGUUAACAUUUAACGGUGAGUAGGUAGAUUAAAUUGGUAAAAGUGUAUCUAAUAUGGCUUGAUAAAUAGGAUUCUCUCCUUUCUUAAAAUUACAUAUUUUAAAGAAAAAUUUUGUUUCAAAAAGAUCCAUUUUUUAUAUUUUUAAUGCAUAUUUUAUUAACUAAUUUGUAAACUUCAAAAAAUUUAAUUGUAUUAGUUAAAUUUUUAUUGGCUUAAAAUUAUGGAAAAAAUAAACACAAAAAACUAUGCAAAUUUAAUGUGUUUUAUUAAGAUGUGUGAAAAAUCUAGAAUAUAUAAAUUUAAGGAACAAAAGGAGUAUAAGUUUGUGGUUUAUUUAGAUUAAUGGAAAGUUGGUUUUUGUUACGGAGAAUCCGUGAGAGUUUGGUAAUUAAAUACACGUUUUUUUUCGAUUUAAGACUGCGGUAUCAGGUAAAAACAAAAAGCAUAAAAUUACGUAAAAAAAAAAGAGAGAUAAAUCGAAAACCUAUUUGUCCACUUCUCCAUUUGGAUUGGCUCUCGAGUUCGAUCGCCCCUUCCCAUGUUCUCCAAUCGGAGAUGCAGGACCAGCUCGUGUGUCAUGGCUGUAGAAACACAUUGCUCUAUCCUAGAGGAGCUACCAACGUUCGUUGUGCCUUAUGCAACACUGUCAAUCAGUUUGCGCAUAUCAACUGUGGGAACUGUCGGACGACACUCAUGUAUCCGUACGGUGCAUCAUCUGUUAAAUGCGCUGUUUGCCAGUUCGUUACUAACGUUAAUCAGAUGGGCAAUAGAAGGGUGCCUAACAUGCCAAAUGGAGCAGCCUCUCCCGGGACAAUGUCCACUCAGUCAACACCACCGUCUAAGACACAAACCGUCGUUGUAGAAAACCCAAUGUCUGUUAAUGAGAGUGGAAAGUUGGUGAGCAACGUUGUGGUUGGAGUGACAACAUGCAAAAAAUAACCCAAGAAUUGAGUGAUCUGAAAGAGAUCAUAUCAAGCGUUCUGGUUUGUUGCAUAUUACAUAUCUCUUGACAACUUUUUAACCCAAGGAAAAGGCUUAGUGAGAAUCACUUGUUUGAGUUUUCUUUUGGGGUUUUUUCUUAUCAAAGUUGAUGCACACAAAGGUUUUACAUUUUGUCCAAUGAUCUGGCACUUAUACUUGUAGAUUUGUACACUCCAUUGGCCAUUUGUGGCAUUGUUAAUGUAUGUAUUAAUAUAAUCUGAUACACCAACCAAACAGUAAUAUUUGGGUUUGAAAAUA